UCACCAUAAAGGUCAGAUUGAGCGCUGGAGCGGCUGGAUCAGAAACUUCACACAGCGCCUCGGUCCCGCUCUGAGAGACUUUCCCCGCCUGUUCUCGGGGUUUAGACAGGGCUGUGGAUCUAAUCAGAGGAAUCAGAGUCAAGGAAUGAUCGAUAGUUACAUCAGCAGCGCCUGGAGAGGAGAAUAAUCCUAUUUGUAUCUGGAGCGGCAGCGAGAGACAUGCGUGCCCCGCCGCCGCCGCUGUGCUGGAGGAGGAGGAGGACGCUGGGGAGACUUUAUGGCUUUUAGAUAAAUGGGAAAACUCGGAUAUGAGGCUUCUCCACUUCUCCACUCUCUGAUCCUGCGCGCUGACAACCUGUAGAUGUGCCUGGAGAAGAAGAAGAAGCCCAUCAUGGCCACAACUUAAAGCCCUAGACGCCAUAUUAACUGGGUGUUUGUGUUUCUGUGUAUCUCUGUGUUUCUCUGUGUAAUAUUGCAUGAUCUCCACUGCUGUUAGUCUGGUGGACACUCCAGUCUGUCCCCAUUGGCCUUUAACUCCACGAGCAACAGGGGCUGCUGCACUUCAACUUCUUAGGAAGAAGAGAAGCUAGACUGUCCUCCACUCCACACUCACUUACUCUCCCCAGCAUACUCCUGAGCUCAGCCAGUGCUUGAGUGUCCGUGCAUUUGUCUGUAUUUGUGUGUCAAGAUGUCCUCUGGCAUCUCAGCCACAGAGAAGGUGGAUGGAUUCACCAGGAAGUCCGUGAGAAAGGCCCAGAAGCAGAGGAAAGCUCAAGGAUCAGCCCAGUUCAGGCCACAGGCAGGAAACCUCAGCCCUGGAGAACUUUCAGCCUUGCCCCAGCUCAGAGAUGCUCCCUCCACAGAGCAGCAGGAGCUGUUCCUACAGAAGCUCCACCAGUGCUGCAUGCUCUUCGACUUCCUCGACACGGUCACUGACCUGAAGAGUAAAGAGAUCAAGCGGGCCACUCUGAACGAGCUGGUGGAGUAUGUGUCCACUAACAGAGGCGUACUGGUGGACUCUGCCUACCCUGAAAUCAUCAACAUGAUCAGCACCAACUUGUUCAGAACUCUGCCACCCAGUGAAAACCCUGAUUUUGACCCAGAAGAAGAUGAGCCUUCACUGGAAGCCUCAUGGCCACACAUGCAGUUGGUGUACGAGUUUCUGCUACGAUUUUUAGAAAAUCCAGACUUCCAGCCGAGCACUGCCAAACGUUACAUUGACCAGAAGUUUGUGCUACAGCUGUUGGAACUGUUUGAUAGUGAAGACCCCCGUGAGAGAGAUUUUCUAAAGACCAUCCUCCAUCGGAUCUAUGGAAAAUUCCUGGGCUUGCGUGCCUUCAUCCGGAAACAAAUAAACAACUUCUUCCUACGGUUUAUUUAUGAGACUGAUCACUUCAACGGGGUGGCUGAACUCCUGGAGAUACUGGGCAGCAUCAUUAAUGGAUUCGCUCUGCCUCUGAAGGCUGAACACAAGCAGUUUCUGAUGAAGGUGCUCAUUCCAAUGCACACGGCCAAGGGGCUGGCACUGUUCCACGCUCAGCUGGCCUACUGUGUGGUACAGUUUUUGGAGAAGGACCCAACUCUUACAGAGCCGGUGAUCCGGGGCCUUCUGAAAUUUUGGCCCAAAACCUGCAGCCAGAAAGAGGUUAUGUUUCUGGGUGAAAUAGAAGAGGUGUUGGACGUCAUUGAGCCGACUCAGUUUAAGAAGAUUCAGGAACCUUUGUUUAAACAGAUCUCCAAGUGUGUGGCUAGUCCUCACUUUCAGGUGGCAGAACGAUCAUUGUAUUUCUGGAACAAUGAGUACAUCCUGAGUCUGAUUGAGGAAAACAUAGACAAAAUCCUCCCCAUCAUGUUUGGCAGCCUGUACCGGAUCUCUAAAGAACACUGGAACCAGACAAUUGUAGCUCUCGUGUACAACGUGCUGAAGACCCUGAUGGAGAUGAACAGCAAACUGUUUGAUGAGCUCACGGCCUCAUAUAAAGCUGACAGACAGCGAGAGAAGAAGAAAGAGCAGGAGAGAGAGGAGCUGUGGAAAAAGCUAGAGGAGCUGAGGCUGAGUAAAAUCCACAGAAAUCAGAAUAACACCCACAGCCUUCAGAACAGCAGCAGCAACAACAACAACAAUAAUAACAACGGUAACAGAGAGCCGGAGGACCACAGCAGUUUAACCUUCAGCAGCACGGACAGCAUUAACCCCGAGACCUCCAUGCUAAACACGCAAUGUGCCAAAUGACCCAGGACUGCUACACGUUAUUUAAGCCCUGAGGGUUUAAAACCAGCAGCACAUGUGGGGAUGGGAUCUGUAGUAACAUUUAAAACUGAAAAUGCAUAAAGAAAAUCUAUCUAGAUCUAUAUACAAGUACUUUAUUUUCUUUGUUUUGGCAAAAAAAUAAUAUAUUUGGAGUAUAAGAGUAUUUUUGGAUGUUAAAGUGCGUUCGCGUGAUACUGUUGAACUUUUUCGUGUCUGAUCAGAGAUUUUAACCUCUUCACUUAUAAUAAGGCCUAAUUUACUGCUCGGCAGUACAAGAGCAUGCUCCUAAAGGCGCACUUUAAUAUGAUUGGUUCAGAUUGUUUGUGUCCAAAGAGUAAAAACCCAAUUAUUAGUAUUAAAAUGUAUGAACUCAGACAGUGUAUUGACAGGAGAACAAUAUAUGAAUGUUGGUUAGGUGAGAUAUUCACCCUUUUGUGAUCGAUCAUCCAACAGAAUAAGCAACAAAGUAAGAUUUAUUAAUACGAACUGGGCUAGCCUCCCUCAGUUUAUUUUCAUGGCCACUCGUGAGUCUUUAUUAGAAACCUCAGUCUGUGUCCACUUUAUAAGUGGUGUUGCUGGUAUUUUAGGUUCUGAGUGGGUCUACCACUCAAUAUCCAGACAAGAGCACAUCUGUGGUCAAACACUGGCCACUGAUAAAGGGCUAGAGGAUGACUAAUGUCAGUUGUGCAUCAACAGAUGAGCAACAGUCUCUAAAUGUACACUAUUACAGUGAAGCUUGAGGACAGGGGUUUCUGAUGAAGUGACCCGGUAGGAGUUCUUUAGUUAUCUGUAUAAACACACUGCUGACCCAGUGUUCACAUGGUAUAUUUGUCCUCAUUAUAUUUUAAAAAGCAACACUGGCAAUUUCCUUCAGUUGAUCUCUACAUUUAUUAUGUUAGCAUUGUACCAGUAGCUUCUGUUUGUUUGCCUUUUUUUGUUUGUGGAUGAGUGUAGGUGGAUGACCUUAGCUGCGCUGAACACAGCCUUAAUUAGUUAUUGACUGGUUUUGUCUGGGGCUGACUAUGAACCCUUUUCCAUCACGCUCAUUUUCAGACUCCGCCUUAUGCAGAUGAUAUCAGAUACCUCGUUAGUAUUUUUAGCAAAUGGUUCCCAAUUGUCUGUUAGUAGCUGGAUGAAAAGAAUCAAUAUUAUUGAUCGUGUUUAACAAUGGCCUAAGGGUAAUGUGGCGAUGAUUUUUGCCUUUACAGCAUUUGGUUUGAGUGGGAUGUAUGGUUUGUUUAGCACUGUUGUUGUUUAGUACCAAGACUGUCCUUCCACUUAGUGAUUAUUGUAAUGGGUCUUUAAUUCAUUUGAAACCAGCUGUCUUUAAUAAGCAAUUAAAUCUGAUAAAUUGAGAUCAUAAUAUUUAAGGAAGUUAUGGGAUGUUGUGCAACUUUAUUGUAUUUUAUAUUUUAGCAGCAAUGAAUAAUCAUGUGUAAACAAAUGAUUAUUUAUUAAGGUUGCCGGCAUUCCUUAGAAUGAGAACUAUUACAGCACUGUCUACAAGUCAGAGCAUUUUAUAGCACUUUCUUUCUAUAAGACUCAAUUUUAUUGUUUUUGUAGAAAUCUGCAGGAGAUUUUUCUACACCCUCAAAGUCCUACAAACACAUUUAAUGUCGCUGAGGCCUGGACUCUUGGGAAUCUGGGGCCUGCAGAUCCAGUUCAUAGACUUUCUUCUAUUUUUUGUGUAAGAAGCUUCUCUUCAGUUGCUCUGACUUUUAGGAAUUACUGUAUAUUGUUUUUUUUUUAUAUAACCCAUUUAACAGUGUGACUGCUGUUUCAGUUGUCUUGUUUCAGUAGGAUUAUUGAAAUAAUCACAACAAUGAUGAAUUCUGACAGUUUAUUUUACUGUCUCUGACCCCUAUGGUAAUAUGACACCUUCGUACUACAUUAAAGUGUUGCUGCACAUUUAAUGUCAUGCUUUUGUACCAAGAACAUCUAAAUUUGGUCAUUUUAAAAGUGUUCUGGAUGUUUAAUACACUGUAGUUCUAUUUUAAAUGUGAGUUUUGGGGGUGAAAUUAUGACUUGAAUAUUUUUGAUUAUGCUUCAUUUUAGAAACUUAAACCUUUAGCCUAUUUCAUUAUAGACGUGCUCUUCACACAGCUGCCAGCACUGCAGUGCUAACAUUGAGUGUUUAGGGGUCAUAAACACAGAACAUGUAAAUCGGGUGUCUACUUUACACUGAAAGAGUGGGAUGAAUGUCAGGGUAGUUCACUAUUUUUCUUCAGAUAUUUUAACAGGGUGAAAUGUGGGUAAAAAUGUGACAGCAGGUAAAUGUAAUGUGAACUGCACCUCAGAACUGUGUGUGGAAAUGAAGCCUGCAGUAUUAGCUGGGGGGUGUUUGUGGGGGUGAUUUUAUUUUUUCAUGAAAGACAAAUAGAGCCAUAUAUUUUCACAGUGUAUUGUACAGAGUGUUUUAGGGGUAAAUUGGGGUUGCCUGGGCCUCUCAUGGUCCACAGGUUCAAUAAAGAGGAACCUGAAGACUGUGUGUGUGAGGUCUGCUGUGGCUGUGUGUGCUUUAAGGUGAGUAUUGUUUCCAGGUGUUGUAGGUCCUGUUGUUUGUUGUAUCUCUCUGAUGAGUCUCGAUCAGAGUAGCAUUCCUGUCUGUGUGAGAUCCAGUCAGACUUUGAAUACCACUGUAAUAAAGUUGACCCUAUGUUUCUA